CGACGCACAAUUUGUUUUUAUUUUGGGUGGGUUUUUUUUCUAUCACUUUUGGGUGGAUUUAGCGCUGUCACAGUGAGAAUUUUUGGCGAACAAUUUUUACGAGGCUUUUUCUUGCAUCUAAAGUGUCGAGAAUUCCACGGGGGAAUCGCUCUGGAGCACCAUUGCCACCAGAUCUCUCACACGGAUGUAAAAAUUUGCGGCCGCAACGGGGAAUUCGCUUUGUUUUGUGUGUGCAAAAUUUGCAGAGACGCCUAACCUAAAAACAAUCAAGUGGGGGGGACAGAGUAAAGUUUUGAGACGGAAAAAUUCAGCAGGAAGCGAUUGAAAUCUCUGGUGAAAUGGACGUUCCGGGUGCGGCGGAUACGCUGCAGGGUGUAGCGAUAAAGACGGAGGAGCCCGAUGAGGGUUUAGUUCAGGUGAAACGGGAAUUCCCGGAUGAUGCGGACGGUGGCGUCCGAGCUGAUGGUGGCAUGAAGCGAAAGCCCGCUGAGGAUUUGGUCAACAUUAGUGAUGACGACGAUGAGGAGUUUGCUGGUUUUGACGACAAUGGCUUAUCUGGGGGUGCCGUGGGGCGCUCUUUAGCGGCAAAUCGCAGCAAAAGGGUGAGAAAUUCAGCCCCCAAUAGCGUCCUUGCGACCACAAUAAAGCAAGAGCUACCCGAUGAGGAGGAAAUGCUCCCACAGGGUGGAAGUGCAAAGAAAACCACCCCACAGCGACCAACUGUCAAACUCGAUGAUCCCAUCUACCGGAAACCCUUUGACUACGGAUGGAAGCGUGAGCUUGUCUACAGGGCAGUGGCGGGAAUAAGCAAGGAAAAGGGUGAGGUGUACUACUUCACGCCCACAUCGAAGAAACUUCGCACCCGGACGGAGAUUCAGCAGAACCUUACGCACGAUCUCACCCUGGAUAACUUUACAUUCAUCAAGGAACCUCUGGGCUUGGGUCCGGAAUUUGAGAUUAUCCGGAAUGCAAAAUCCAAUGCUGCCACCAUCAAGAGGGCCUCAAUGGCAAAUGCAGACAGCAAUCCAACACCCGAUAGCCCGCUGGGGAAGAGAAUUCCAAAGCCAAAAGGCCCCAAAGGUGGUUCCCCACCUCCAGCAUCCAUCAGGAUUCUCAACAGAAGCCGUACUUCAGCUAGUUCUCCCCGUUCGCCAUUUGGACGCUCAAUGCAGGUCAAGGAGAAGGAGGAAGUAAAGAUUCAAGCAGCAAAAUCACCUCCACCGAAGGGUACAACUGCAGCCACAUCCGCUGUAACGAAAGCCAAAGGGGAGCCGUGCACAAUCCAGUGCGUGCUCGCAAUGGGAACCAUUCCGCAGCUUCAGUGCAGGAAGUGCCUCUGCCUCUACCACCAUGAGUGUGUGGGUGCCGAAAGGGGUGCUGCUCUCGAUGCCAGGUACAUUUGUCAGGGAUGCCAUGAGGAGGAUAAGGCAAAAGAUCAGAGUACUCAGGGUGGUAGUCCCACGAAGGCGGCAUCGUCGAAGGCAACGAAGAAGGAUGCCUCGGGGAAUCUCGUGACGUGGGUCCCAUCGACGAGUGUCCCAAAGACGCGAUCGCAGGGAAAAGCAGCAGAGGCCACGGAUGAUGCUCCACCACAGACAAUUGCUACAAUUGCCGGGCGGAAGUAUAUAAUUGUUCCACGGACAAAUGUGCUCAAUAUUUCACCUCCCGGUGAGGCAGCAACGGCAAAUGGGGCCCCAUGUGGGACUGAGCAGGAGGAUUCCAAGAAGAGAAAAAUUGAACAACAACCAAUCGUACAGAAUUCAGACAUUCUUCGGGAGGCACCAGCAAAUGUUGGCAAAAUUCCCAAUGAUACCGUGAGAAGUACAAUGCCCGUGGGUGGGGGAAAGAAUAAAAAGGGUGGCAAGGGUGGAGCCACAAAUGCCGUGGCAAAGGGGACGAGCUUCAACUAUUCCCACUACUUCAGGAACGUCGCUGUUGGCUACAAUGUACUCCUUGAGACGUUCCAAUAUUUGAAAGUUAAGGAACUACUUCGGGCAUCGUGCGUGUGCCGCGUGUGGAAUCAAGCCGCCAACCACCCGAGCCUAUGGCGUACGGUGCGCAUGAAGAAUAGCCAGGUGAAUGAUUGGAGUGGAUUUGCGAAUGCCCUCCGUCGUCAUGGGACAACGGGAUUGGAUUUACGUAAGAUGCUCGCACCGAGCAAUAGUGAGGAGAUGUGGGCAAAUUUUUCACGCCACAUUGGUAUUGUGGAUCAUCUUGAGGCCAUAGAUCUCUGCCGAUGCCCCUCGAGUGUUGUGGAGAGUCUCUUUCGCACCAAUACGCAUUUGCGUAUCCUCAAUGCGGUCACCAUUAAGGAUGACGUUGUGGAUCUCGAUGGGGUGGAAAAUCUCGAGCGAUUGGAGGAGUUGCGCCUGAAGCCGGAAAAUUGGGUGGAGAUUAAGAAGGAUCUCACACCAAUGCGCAAUUUGCACUGCUUGCGGCAUUUGGCGUUGACAUUUGUCAAGCAAUUGGGGAAUGCAAAAGUGGAGGUACUUGGGGAAUUGACGGCACUGGAAUCACUUGAGAUUGGUGAGUGCAAUGAUAUUUCGGAGACACUUGCGCGGCAGGUGUUGCCGAAAUUGACACACCUGCAGCGUUUGCGCCUCGAGAAGGGACAAAUGAAUUGCAAUACAUCAGCUAUAUUGGCUGCUGUGGCACCCCUUGAGAGCCUCACGCAGCUUGAACUUGUGAACUUUGACAUCAAGUCGAAGUUUAAUGAGGAAAUUGCCCAAUGUGUGCACAUUAAGAAGCUCCUCAUUAUACCCACGUACAUCUCCCAAUCGGCAACGACGAACAACAUGAUCCUCAGUGGUAUGAUACGCCUCUCGCAGAGCCUACGGUGCUUCACGUGGGUUGUUACGUUGGAACUUCUGCGUGUCACCGAUUUGUACGUGGUGCAGUGCGAUGCGAGUAUGAAGAAGGAGAAACGCGUUCCCGAUGAGAGUAUUCCCAUUCUAAAGCCCGUCCCGGGGAUUCUCGAAGAUGGUGUGGUGACGAGUGGGGGGACACAGUGUCCGGAUGCGCAACAAGUGGAGAUUGUGCCACUGAGUAAAGUUGAGAGUAUCCUACAUACAUAUUUGCCAGAUACAUUCAUUAAGAUUGUCAAGGCGCAAUUCCACACAACAUGGCGUCUCAAUCUCGUUGAACCAACAGCACUACCGUGAAUGCCCAAAUGAUGGCUCUGGAUGAGGGGACUCUGCGUCGAUGGGGAUGAAGAGACAGCUUGAGAGAGGGGCAAAGGAAGGAAAAUUUGUAGUUUUAAAAAAAAUACUGUGGACACUUCUUAUUUUGAUCUUUUAAACGUGUUACAAUGUUCUCCCAGAAAAUAUCACAUCUUCACAACUUAAAAAAAAAGAGUUUUAUUUUUAUAAUCUU